GGAAAAGGGGAGAUAAAUUUAGAGAGUACUGAGAACAACAACAGAUCAUACUUCUGGGUGUACUUAAAUUCCUGAAUUCUAAUGUUACUGCCUUAUAUAAAUAUGCUUCAUUUGAUCCGCUUUUUUCGCUUCCCCUGCACAGAAUCUCUCUUUCUGACAUUUUUCCUUUUUCUUUUUUUCUUUUUUUUUUUUCUAUAUAACAAACAAUCUUUCUUUCUUUCUGUUUACUCAAAAAUUGAAAGAGCAGAGAGUGGAGUUUGCCGAUUAUGGGGAAGCAAAGGUAUUGGGGCGGACAAGCAACUAAAAAAACACCCUCAGUUUCUACUAAAAGAGUAGUUAAAAAUGAUUUGGAUAAUGAAGCUUCUUCUUCUUCUACCUCUGCUGGCUGUAUGUGUGCUGUUUUUCAGCUCUUUGAUUUUCAUCCUUUGAAUCACCUCCCUUCUCAAUCCUCUGUCUCUAUCAACCCACCGCCUGACGACCAUAUUUCUAAAGGCACUGAAGCACCACGAAACAGUUUGGAAUCAGAGGAAGAAGAAUUAGAUAUUUCUCCAUUACCAUGUACGAAGACGACUCCAAAACAAAAAGAAGACACCCUACGUUUCCCAAAGGGUAUUGUUCAGAUCAAAACCAAAAGUAACGGAAUAGCCAAUAAUUUGUCGGCGGGGAACGACUCUCCGAGCACCAAAACGCCAACUUUAGUAGCGAGAUUAAUGGGUUUGGAUAUUCUUCCUGAAUCCAACUCUCCCUCAACCACACCCAGAAAUGGUUAUUCAAAAGCCAAAAAAAGAGGCGGGUCUCGUUCUUUGCCAGAAACUCCAAGAACAUCUUGUGAAAGGAAAUCAAAUGUGGAUAAUUAUCACCACCGUCUCUCACUUCAAAUCCCCAAUUACGAUAAUAAAGAGAAUAACGCAAAUACAAAUCCAAGUCCAAGUCCAAGUCCAACCCAUUAUGCUAAAGAGAUUGUGAAGCAAAUCAAAGAAAGUGUUAGUAGAAAAGCUGGUCUCAACGAUAUUACCAAUUAUAAUUACAAUACAAGAAGAGAUCAAGAUAUCAUUAAACAUACCAAACCCAAAAAGCUCUCGUCAUUAUCAUCUUCUUCAGUAUCUCCCAGACAGAGAGUAUUGGAGCCGAAGAAUAAUUUCAACAAAUUACACACUCAAAAAGUUGAAGGCAUUAAAGAAGUGAGUUUAGGCACGACGAAGCCGAAGAAGCAGAAGGGCGUGAAGAGUGCAACAAGGGUGGCGGCGUUGAAAAAGGGUAAUAAGCGAGAGGAGCCAUUUGUAGUUCCUUCCCGAAUCACAAAAGCCGCCAUUGAUGCUCCUCUUAAGAAAACUCCAUUGUCUAAUCAGCUUUUCAACUUCGGUUCUGUUCCCACUACUAUCCUCAUCAACAAACACCCUCCAUUUUCCUCUCCCAUCAAACCAUCUUCUAUGCAGCCACCGUGCAAACGAAAUCAAUGUACGGAUGAGACAGGCGAUAAAGAAUCAAAACGAUACUUGCAAUCAAAUAACCACCAACACCUCAUCCAAUUGCCAACCAAUAAAGACGGCAACAACCCCAAACAUCACAUCACAACCACCAUCGCCGCCACGGCCGCUGCCGCAAAUUGUAGUGACAACCGUGAGAUCACGGCAGAGCUGGAUUACGUCAGACAAAUACUCCUCCGCCGUAGUACUACUACUUCCCCUACAGUGUACUCCUCCGUCUUCCUUGAAAAUUUAAAUUACAACAAUGCCCAUAAUUAUAAUGUUUCAAUUUCCCAUAGAAAAUUACUCUGCCACUUGGUGGAAGAGUUGUUGAAGCCAUACCUCGAAGUUAAACCAUACCGGUGCCCGGAGUCGGCGGAGCGGUGGCCGGAUAUGGUGGAGAAAUUGUGUGAGAAAGUAAGAAAGUUGCCACGUACCAAGUGUGAGGUAUUGGAGGACAUAGAUGGAAUAAUUGAAAAAGAUUUGGACAUUUUGGGAAUUGGAUUUGAGGACGAAAGUGAGGGGAUGGUGAAAGAGAUUGAGGAGUGGAUCGUUGAGGAACUUUUGAAAGAAACGGUGCGUUUUGUUGAGACAGAGAUGGCAGGAUAAUCACGUGGGAGAUGCCACUUGGAAGCUUGGGACCCACAUAGCUGGGGUAAAGAUGCAGCGUUGGAAUUACACGUGGAAUGUUGACCCACCAGACAAACACUCCGAUUUUUCGCUUCUGAAAAGGCAGUAUUUUUUUUUUGGCAGAGGAAUCCCAUUUCUCCUUCUAUGUACAAAUUUUUUUUAUUUCCUCUGUGAAAUUCCCAAAAAUUACAAAAGAAAAAAAAAAAAAAGAAAAAAGAAGAGAUGCUAUUUAUGUAGUAGAGUAGCAAUGGAGAGGAAAAUAUUUAUAUCCUAUAACAUAAAAUUUAGUGUAAAUUAAUAUUUUAA